UCUGCUGCCCUCGGGCGGCCGUUUAGGGCACUACCUCAGUGAGGUUCGAGAGGAGGACCAGUCAGUCAUCCGUGUGAGGAUGAGACACCCACCCGGUGCAGCAGGCUGAGUGAAAACGGGAGCACUAAGACCCAGUGGGAGUGGAGGACCGCAUCGAGGGACCGGAGGAGUAGGCGCUGGAGGGUGGGAGCCGUCUGGUACCUUGGUCGCCUUCGGAACAGCAUCCUCUCUAGUGACAAAAAUGGCCAGUCAGUCCCAGGGUAUCCAGCAGCUCCUCCAGGCUGAGAAGCGGGCAGCGGAGAAGGUGGCGGAUGCCAGGAAGAGGAAGGCCCGGCGACUGAAGCAGGCUAAGGAGGAGGCCCAAAUGGAGGUGGAGCAAUACCGCAGGGAGCGGGAGCAGGAGUUCCAGAGCAAGCAGCAGGCGGCCAUGGGCUCUCAGGGGAACCUGUCUGCUGAAGUAGAGCAGGCCACCAGACGUCAGGUUCAGGGCAUGCAGAGCUCCCAGCAGAGGAACCGGGAGCGUGUCCUGGCUCAGCUUCUCGGCAUGGUCUGUGACGUCAGGCCCCAGGUCCACCCCAACUACCGGAUUACUGUCUAGAACCAUUGCUUUGGGACACAUCCCUAGAGUGACUCCUGCUAUCAGCUCCUUCCACAGAGAAAUAUCCCUACUCAAAACCACUUGUGUAGCAUGCACAGAGCCCUGGGAUCGAUCCAUGAUACCAUUCCACACACUGCCAAGCCACUUCACAUAAUAGCCUGUUCCUUGAGGGGAGGCUUCUACAUGUCAGAAUCCAGUAUUCUCCCAUGAGACUUACAAAUAGCCUGUUCAAACUGGAAUCUCUAUGUUCCAUGACACCCACUGGAAUUAUACUAAAUGAAUGUCCAAGUCAUCCCCACUGCACCCCUCUGAGAAAUCUAUGUCGUGGUGACAGGGGUAUGAAAAGCACCCCGACUUCAGAGCUGGUUGAUUUCCGUUCCUCUCCACCCCUGUUUCUAGCUGGCUGCACAACUGGGCUAAGCUAUUUAACCUGGAAGCCUCAGUGUCCUCAUCUUUGUAACUGGGAUGACAGGAGUACCGCUCACUUUGUAAGGGGGCUGCUGUGAAUCGGCCUUGAAACUUCAGCAUAGUUCCAGAUGCGUUGUAGCUGUGACUGCAUAAACAUCGAGCCUGUAUCGGGGCCACACUCUGCGUGCCUGCUAGAAUCCUAAUCCUGCUUCCUGACUUUUUUAUUACACUCCAGCUCUGCUCAGUCACUGUAAUUCCAGUAAUCCUCUAAAGAAUUUGUGUCUCUGGCUCUUCCCUCAUGCCCCCUGAACAGUUCAAUGAUAACAUCAUUCACCCCCUCUCUCAAGAGUCCCAAAGAUAUAUGGAACCUCUUAGCACCUCUCUUUCUUUCUCCCGAGCCGGUCUGAAUCAUGGUGGUCUCCCCUUUCUUUUAUCUCCCCAAACCUUGCUGCUUCCGGGAGCUGAAGAGAUCUGUGACAUCCACAUGCAUGCAUUCCUUUCUGUGCCCUCAGCACCUCACCUCGCCUCCCUGUGUGACAGCUGAGUGUCAAUAAAAUACCAGCGGAUGAGUCAAUUGUGAAA